AACGAAACGAGACGAGACGGUUGGAGCAACAUGUAAAAUACAUCGCAUGCAUUCAUUCACCCACAUUGGGGCUCCGUUACGAUAUCGGAUUGACGCGCUAUCUCGCUCGGCUUGUGAGCGCGCUACAAUCCCAUUACCCGAGUCACCGAACGAAUGGCGAACGGAAUGGAACGAAACGGAACAGAGCAAAGCAACAGCGACAAGACGCGCACGAACCGAUAACAGCAACACCACCAGCAACAAGAAUAACAACAACAACACCAAAUAAUGAUUGCCGACACAUAGAGUCAUAGUGUGUCGGGAAAAACGCGGUCAGAAAACUCGUUCAGUAUACAAUGAGUUUUUGAUUCGUGCAUACACAUUUGCUCGUGCUGACAGCAAGUGGAACUAGAGAGUAGAAAUUCCCGUUAUUUUUGUGUAUUGAAGUAUAACAUAGUAGCUCUGUAUUCCCCACAUAUGUGUCGCUUUUCUGUUUAAUUAGUGAACAUUUCGUGUUCCAACAAAAUUCAUUCCGCUUAGAUUGGCCACAUUCAUUUGAUGAAGAAAUGAGGAAUCGAAAUAUUUAGUGAAUAAGAAACAAAAAAAAACUGAGAAGCAUUUGUGGCGAAACAAAGGAAUACGGACCGAAAUGAAUAGUAGAGACGAGGUACAUGCGAAAGAGAAAGAAAGAACAAGAGCCUGGGUAUUUCGUAGAAAAAGUCAAUAGACCCAAUCGAAAGCAGUGACAAACAGGAGAGCGAAUAAGAAAAAAAAGCAGAAAAAGAAAGGAAAAAGCACAGAGAGAAAGAGAGAGAGAGAGAGAGAGAGAGAGAGAGAGAGAAGAAAAGAAGGAAGAAACAAAAAAUCAAUCAACAAUAGAAAGCGAGUUACAGUUUUAUGUAUGUAUGGGCAAAAGAAACUGUGUGCAUUGCACAGUGAACGUUUAUUUUUGGAGGAAAAAAAACUGUUCGAGCAAAAUCCAUGUGUCGUUUCCUUUCGUCUUACGGUGUGGUUUCAUGCAUUCACUGAACUGAGAGAACUUUUAUCUCGAUACAAAGCUUAUGAACAACAUCUAGCCAACAAAAACUACAAUAACAACAGCAACAACAUACACAGAUUUAGUGAAGCGGUUUCACAUCGCGUAAUAGACGGCUCAAAAAAUUGAAUAUAUUAAUAGAUCGUUGUUACACAAAAGUGCAAAAAGUAGAAUAUAACACGUGAAUCGAUUUGAACAAGUGAACAACGUUUGAGAGAUAAAAGGGAAUAUAAGAAUCAGAUGAAUCAAUGAAUAAAUUUUAUAACAAAUAGUUUUUUUUAUGCUCAAUUGAAAGAAAUUGUUCACACAAAUGUAAAACGCACCAAUUCUAUCCAUCCAGUUCAAAGAUCAAACUACAAACAUUAAAUUUAUAUCAAAAGAGUUAAAAUCAAAAAAAAAAAGAAAAAAAAGAACUUGACAAAUUGCUGCUGGCUACGUGUCACAAAGAGAAUUUGCUAUGGUACACGAAAAAAACGUGUGAGCUAAUAAAAGUGAUAAUUUCUUAUGAUAAUGUCAGUAAAAUAAAAUACACGCAGAGAUAGAAUAAAAUGUCGAAAACUAACAAAUUAAUUUGAUGAAAAAUAAAGUGGUUAUUCGAAAUCCGUGUACUUGCAGAGCAUCAUCUAUUCAGUGAUAUAUACUUAGUUUGAAUUCUUUUCUCAUUUUUUUUUUAAUCUUACUUUACAAACAUCUUUUUGAACACAUAGUCUCCCUGUGACUUCUUCACAAAAGCAAUUACUUACACGGCUAAUAACAUUAUUGAAACAACUGAGAUCACGUUUAUAGAUACACUUAAUUUAAAAGUUUUCAUUAAGUGUAACUCAUUUUUGUGUCGAAGAGCAGGAGCAAAAAGAUAGUACAGAGAGAGAGAGGGAGUGUGCAAUAAAAAGUGUGUUCGUUGAUUUCAAUAAGCUGUAAUAAUGGCUUAUGAAUCAACACCGCCACGUGUUAAAACACGUAGUGCAUCCAUAAGUGCACCAACAAGCGGUUCACUAGAAACGAUAUUAAAUCCACCGUCAAGCAAUGGAACUCCAGAAAUAGGAUACCAAAGGCGAAGACCUGCCACACGUACGCAAAGCGCUCGCAUCACUGGUGCUCGUUCGGUACGAAGAAAAGUUCAUACACAACAACAUAAUCUGCAUGAAUCGAGGUCACACUGUGCAAGUGAGCCUCGUUUAAAUGAAACAGAGACACCACCACAACGACGUCGAGCUUCCCAAAAAAGGCCAACUCAUACACAAAGCCAAAGGAAAUCAAAUGCUUAUUUAGAUGUGCCAUCUGCUAAUUUCAAUCAUUUACAAAUUAGUGACAAUGAUGAUGAAGAUGUUGACAGAUUACGAACUUUUAGCGCAUCAAAAGGAGCAGCGUCAACAUCAUCACGAUUGAUUGAUCAAAGGACACAGCGAGUAUUCCAUACUGCAUUUUUUAUUCUGCAGCUGGGUAGUACUCUUGAUCACUUGGUUGCAACCAGAAGUUUACCAUUCGAGACAUUUUACUGUGGAAGGUAAUACUUCUUUACUUGGUCGCAACCCUAGGGGAAUUUAACUCUUACGAGUUCAGCAUGUUUUCUGCCAGUUUGCUUGAUUCGCGGAAGUUCGACGCGUUUGUUGUACGUACUGACGCGCACGGUCACAAGUUUACACAAGUUUGUUUAUGGUUUUGCGCGUUUUUCAAGUUGUUAUUUGACAACUAAAACGCGUUUCAAACUAAAAAUCGGUUGUUUACGUGUAUAAAGAUUUUUCACAUCCUUUCCAAAAGUUCAAAGAUUUAUAUAAUUAUAAAAUGGACAAAGGAAAUAUUUUUAAAGAGCUGGAGAAAGUGUUGAAGAAAAAGUUAAUCCAGAUAUAAUAAAUGGAACGACUGAUGUGUGCGCGUCGUCCAGCUACAAGUUUGCACACGAACUCGCGCGCGUUCGCGCAUGUUGUUUUAAUACGGAACUUGUCAACUGAGUGGAAUCAUGCAAGUUCUCUGGUGAAUGUAACAAUUUCGUGCGCGUUUAUAUCAUUUUUUUACAAGUUUUCACGUAGUUAAA